UCUCUGACAUUUUCUAUACAGGUUUAACCCAAAGGCAGACGAUAUAAAAGUACAUACUGCAUCAAUGUGUGGGAAAAGAUAGUUACUACAGACAAAGGGAAUAGACAUUGACAGCACAAGGAAGAUGAGUAUGUUGAAACCAAGUGGACUGAAGGCUCCUACCAAGAUCAGCAAGCCUGGAAGUACAUUACUAAAGGCGUCUGCAGCUGCUGUGCCUGCUCCUGAAGAAAAAGCAGCACCUAGUGAAAAGUCAUCCAGCAUACCCGCUGCAGAGGCACACGAAGAGUUUGUGGAUGACUUCAGGGUUGGGGAGCGUGUUUGGGUCAAUGGAAACAAACCUGGCUUUAUUCAGUUUCUUGGUGAAACACAAUUUGCUCCAGGACAGUGGGCAGGAAUCGUUUUAGAUGAACCAAUUGGUAAAAAUGAUGGUUCUGUGGCUGGAGUUCGGUAUUUCCAAUGUGAACCCUUAAGAGGAAUAUUUACAAGGCCAUCUAAGCUGACCAGAAAAGUGGUGGCAGAAGAUGAAGCCAAUGGUACACAGACAGCUCAUGCAUCUAGAGCUACUUCUCCAACCUCUACAUCAGCCGCUAGUGUGGUAUCUUCUUCUGCACCAGCUCCUCCUACAGGAAUUCCCCAUAAAACUUCUCUACCUGCUGCGAAGGAACAUUUGACUCCUUCCCCAGUGAGCAAUCUUUCAAAAACUGCAAGUGAAUCUAUAUCAAACCUCUCUGAAGCUGGAUCUGUGAAGAAAGGGGAAAGAGAACUAAAAAUCGGAGAUCGAGUUUUGGUUGGUGGAACAAAAGCUGGAGUAGUACGUUUUCUAGGAGAAACUGACUUUGCUAAGGGAGAGUGGUGCGGCGUAGAAUUAGAUGAACCUUUGGGAAAGAAUGAUGGAGCGGUGGCUGGAACAAGGUAUUUUCAGUGUCAGCCAAAAUAUGGUUUGUUUGCCCCAGUCCACAAAGUUACCAAGAUUGGGUUUCCAUCAACCACACCAGCAAAAGCCAAGACAACUGUGAGGAAAGUGGUUGCAACGCCAUCGACUCUGAAACGUAGUCCAAGUGCAUCUUCCCUUAGUUCUCUCAGUUCUGUGGCAUCAUCAGUAAGCAGCAAGCCAAGCCGUACAGGACUAUUGACAGAAACAUCUUCCCGAUAUGCAAGAAAAAUUUCUGGCACCACAGCCUUGCAGGAGGCUCUGAAGGAGAAGCAGCAGCACAUUGAACAGCUUCUGGCAGAGAGAGACCUGGAGAGAGCAGAAGUUGCUAAAGCAACUAGUCAUGUUGGGGAAAUAGAGCAGGAGCUAGCACUUGUUCGAGAUGGACAUGACCGGCAUGUGGUGGAAGUGGAAGCGAAGAUGGACCAGUUACGGGCUAUGGUUGAAGCUGCUGAUAGGGAGAAAGUGGAGCUUCUCAACCAACUUGAAGAAGAGAAAAGGAAGGUAGAGGACCUUCAGUUCCGUGUAGAAGAAGAAUCCAUUACCAAAGGAGACCUAGAGCAAAAGAGGCAGAUUUCUGAAGAUCCUGAGAAUACGCAGACCAAACUGGAGCAUGCCCGCAUUAAGGAGCUUGAACAGAGCCUGCUCUUUGAAAAGACCAAAGCUGACAAACUCCAGAGGGAGUUAGAAGACACUAGGGUGGCCACGGUUUCAGAAAAAUCUCGCAUCAUGGAACUAGAAAGAGAUCUAGCAUUACGUGUGAAGGAAGUUGCAGAGCUCCGAGAAAGAUUAGAGUCUAGCAAACCAGUUGGUGAUGUGGACGCUUCUCUUGCCUUGUUACAAGAAAUAAGUUCUUUGCAAGAAAAAAUGGCAGCCAUUAGCAAAGAGCAUCAAAAUGAAAUGAAUUCAUUGAAAGAGAAGUUUGGUAUCAGUGAAGAAGCUUGUCAGAAAGAAAUCAAAGCACUUUCAGCUUCAAACGAUAGAAUUACAAAAGAGAAUGAGUCAUUGAAAACUAAACUAGAUCAUGCUAACAAGGAGAAUUCAGAUGCGAUAGAGCUAUGGAAGUCAAAGUUGGAAUCUGCUAUUGCUUCACAUCAGCAAGCUAUGGAAGAACUAAAGGUUUCUUUCAGCAAAGGAGUUGGGGCUCAGACUGCUGAAUUUGCAGAGCUGAGGACACAGAUUGAGAAAAUGAAAUUAGAGUUUGAAAACGAAACCUCCAGUUUAAAAUUAAAACAUGAGAAUGAACGAUCUUAUAAUCUGAAAGAGAUUGAAGGGCUGAAAGCAAAGCUGUUGGCAGUCACAGAGGAGAGAGAGCGAAGCCUGGAAAACCUGAAGACGAAACUGGAAAGUGCAGAAGAUCAACAUCUAGUAGAAAUGGAAGACGCUUUAAACAAAUUGCAGGAAGCUGAAAUAAAGGUAAAGGAGCUAGAGGUACUGCAAGCCAAGUUCAGUGAACAAACCAAGGUUAUUGAUAGUCUUACAACACAGAUCAAAACUGCUGAAGAAAAGAUUUUGGACCUUGAUGCACUUCAGAAAGCCAAUUCUGAAGGUAAAUUGGAAAUCCAGAAACUUAGUAAGCAGCUUGAGACAGCUGAGAAACAGAUACAGAGCUUAGAGGCAGAAAAGAGUGAUGGAAGUAGCAAGGCUAGUAAUCUGGCCAAAGACCUGCAAAGCAAAGAGCAAAAACUUCUAGACCUUGAGACAAACUUAAGUGCAGUAAAUCAAGUUAAAGAUUCUUUGGAAAAGGAGCUGCAAGUUUUGAAAGAGAAGUUCACAAAUGCCGCUGAUGAGGCAGAAAAUGUUCAAAAAUCUAUGCAAGAAACUAUUAAAAAACUAAACCAAAAAGAAGAGCAGUUUGCACUUAUGUCCUCAGAACUGGAACAGUUAAAAUCUAGUUUGACAGUUAUGGAGAAAAAACUGAAGGAGAGGGAAGAAAAAGAGCAGCAGUUGAUUGAAGCUAAAGCCAAACUUGAAAAUGACAUAGCAGAGAUCAUGAAAUCCUCAGGAGAUAGUUCGUCUCAGCUUACAAAGAUGAACGAUGAGCUACGGUUAAAAGAGAGGCAGCUAGAAGAAUUACAACUUGAGUUUACAAAAGCAAAUGAAAGGGCUGCUCAGCUGAAGGAAAGCAUGGAGCAGACAACAAAGAAAGCUGAACAGAACCAGCUUGAAGCAGAUAAGAAUCAUCAAAAUGAACUGAAAAAAAUGCAGGACAAACUAGUAGACCUGGAAAAGCAAUUAGAGAAGAGCCAAAAUCAGUAUAAAGAUGUGCAGGCAGAACAUGAAAAAUAUAAUUCUGAGAUGAUUGCUAAACAUGAUACAACCAUCAAAGAUCUUAAACAGAAUCUGUUGGACGUGGAAGAGAUGCUGAAAACUGCACAAAAGAAAAAUGGUGACUUGGAAAAACGGGCUGAGGAGCUUCAAAAACAAGCAGAACAGGCCAAAUCCUUAACCUCUGUGUUAGCAUCAGCCAGAAAAGAUCUUGAACAAAUGUCAGACGAAAUGAGGGGUUUAAUAUCAGAAAAAGAGACGCUGACACAGGAGGGGAAUGCUUUAAUGUUAGAGAAAGGUUCACUGUUAUCAAAACUUGUAGAGUUGGAGUCCAAGAUUUUGGUUUUGCAACAAGACCAGGAAAAACUUCAGACAAUGAAUGAAGAACUUAAUACAGAAAAUAAAAAGAUCCUAGCUGAGAAACAGAAAGCUGAGGCUAGAAUUCACCAGGAAAGUGCAGAAAAGUUAACUUUAAUUUCUGAGCGAGAAAAGUUACGGUCUGAAAUUGAGGUGGCACAGGAAGAUCUUCUGAAGAUAACUAGGGAGAAUGAUGUGCUCUGCUCUUCAAAAUCAACCCUGCGCGAGCAGCUAGAAGAACUUCAGACCAACAGAGAUGCCUUGGUUGUGGAAUGUCAGAAACACAUUAAAGAAAAAGAAGAACUGGACGAUUGUCAGAAAAAACUUUCUGAGGAGAAUGCUGCUCUUGUUAAAGACAAAGAUGGUAUCAUUCAGAAACUGAAAAGCUCUUAUGAGGACUUGGCCAGAGAUCAAAAGGAGCUGCUGCAAGAAGUGGCUGCUCUGUCUAUAGAGAGAGAUUCAGUCUUGAAUAAACAUUUGGCUCUUGAAAAUACAUAUGUAGCUUUAAAAAAAGAGAGGGAUGAUCUAUGGCAAAGAAGCCAGGACUUGCAAUCUGAAAAGGAAACACUCCUUAGGAGGGCUGAGGAGCUACAACUAAGCAUAGAAACUGCUCUGAGCGAGAAACAGACACUGAAUGUAGAAAUUGCAGGUCUCCAAGAAGAGCUGCAAACUGUGAGUAAAGAACUUAAAAAGGCCACUCAAGACAAUGCAGAGUUGCAGGCUUCUCAUUCUAGUCUCUCUAAGCUUCUUGAAGACAUUAAGGCGAGUAGAGACACAUCAGACUCCGAGUGUAUCCAAUUGCUACAAGAGAAGGAAGCUCUUUCUUCAUCUGAACGGAGGCUUUUGGCUGAGAGGGAUAAACUUUUAAGUGAAAAUAAGGCAAUUACAGAAAAGCUUACCACAGUCACCCUUGCUGAGAGAGCUCUUAAUGAGAAAGUAAGUCAACUGAGUGCAGAUCAGGAAUUGGCUUUUCAAAAAUCAUUGAAACUUAAAAAGCAGAAUGAUGCUCUCCUCAAAGACAAGGACUCCUUGGAAAUCAAAUACUCGGAGCUUCUCACGGAAAAGCAGUCUUCUGCAAGUGCACUCUUUGACUUGAAAAGAAAGCACGAGUCGGACAUGUCUGCCACGAGAGCGCUGCUCCAAGAGAAGACUGAGCUCCAGGAUUUCAUUGAGACCCUUGAGAGAGACCUGGACAGCAAAAAACAAGAAAAUCAAGAACUGAUGGACUAUAAAUGUGAACUUGCAAAGCUUCUGAAAGAAGCUCAAAAUGCCAAGACAACACUAGAAAAUGAACUUUUUGCUGUAUCCCAUGCCAAACAGGUUCUCGCAACUUCACUCCAAACCUGUUCCUCUGAAAAGGAAGCAGUGGCCCAGGAAAAGACCGAAUUGCAAGAAAAAUGUCAGAAACUGAUUGAAGAGGUUCAGAUUAUGAAGGAGAAUUUAACCAGAGAAAAGGAAGCUAGAAAGCUAGAGAAGGAUUCAUUUUUAUUGGAACGUGCAGAACUUCAGACCACUAUCAGCUCUUUGGAGAGGGGGAAAGAGCAGCUAACAGAUAAAAAUAAGGAAUUGCUGAUGGAGCGACAGCAGCUGGUUCAGGAGAAAGACAGGUCUGAAUCCAAACUGGAGGAGAUUAUGAAAGAAAAGGAAAUCCUAAGUGCAGAGACAGAGCAACUUGCCUCCAACAUUGAACAGCUAAAGAGUGACUUUGUGUCCUUGUCUAAAUCGAAAGCAGAGCUUCAGGACUUGCACAGCUGCCUCUCCAAGAUCCUAGAAGACCUUCGCUGUAGCCAUGAGGUGACAGAAGUGGAGAGAGCAAAGCUGCUCCAAGAAAAUGAGAGCUUGCUUGCUGAACAGAAGAAACUGAUCUUGAUCAAGGAAGAAAUACUGAAGGAGAAGGAGAAGUUCUCUGUGGACUGUUACAAACUGCAUGAGGAAAUGACAGCCUUAGCACAAGCUAACAGUGACCUCUCAGCCAAGCUACUGGUGUCGGAGAACAAAAAUGUGAUGCUGCUGAACGAAAUGAACAAUCUUGCUUUGAAACUAAAAGAAAUUGAGGUUCUUCAGGCACAAACAGUAAUGCAAAAAUCUGAGGUUGCUAAAAUGGCAGAAGAUGCUUUGCAGAUGGUGGAGCAAGUGACCAAAGAGAAGGACGCCCUUCAUAAAGAGAAGACUGAAACUCUGGCCUCUUUGGAGGAUUCUAAACACACCAAUCAGAAGCUACAAAAUGAAGUGGACAUGCUUAAACAAAAUAACCUGAAAAAUGAAGAGGAACUCAACAAGUCAAAAGAACUUCUAAAUCUAGAGAACAAGAAAAUGGAAGAAUUUAGAAAAGAACUAGAAGCGCUGAAGCUGGCAGCUGCUCAGAAGUCCCAGCAGCUUGCAGCCCUGCAAGAGGAGAACGUUAAACUUGCUGAGGAGCUGGGCAGGAGCAGGGACGAAGUCACAAGUCACCAAAAGCUGGAAGAGGAGAGAUCUGUACUCAAUAACCAGUUGUUAGAGAUGAAAAAGAGCUUGCCCAGUAACACUUUAAGAGAAUCUGCAUUUAAAAAGGAAAUUGAUGAAGAAAGAGCUUCUUUACAAAAAUCCAUCAGUGUUACUAGUGCCUUGAUCACAGAGAAAGAUGCAGAACUGGAAAAACUCAGAAAUGAGAUCACAGUGCUCCGUGGAGAAAAUGCCUCUGCAAAAACCUUGCAGUCAGUAGUUCAGUCACUGGAGUCUGAUAAGUUGAAACUUGAGGAAAAGGUGAAGAACUUGGAGCAGAAACUCAAAGAGAACAAGAAACAGCCUGUAACUGUAACUAGCUCCUCAGGUGACACUGCUGCUAAUCUACUCCAAGAAGAAAAUGCAAAGGAGAGCCAGCAUAUGAUUGAUUUCCUGAAUUCAGUGAUAGUGGAUCUUCAAAGGAAAAAUGAAGAAUUGAAGCUGAAGGUGGAAACAAUGUCUGAAGCAGCUCUCAAUGGCAACGAGGAGGAGAUAAAUAAUUAUGACAGUGAGGAAGAAAGCCUGUCGAAGAAGAAACCUCGCCUCUUCUGUGACAUUUGUGACUGCUUUGAUCUCCAUGACACAGAAGACUGUCCAACUCAGGCGCAGAUGUCAGAUGAGCCUCCCCAUUCAACUUAUCAUGGGAGCAGAAAAGAAGAGCGCCCCUAUUGUGACAUCUGCGAGAUGUUUGGGCACUGGACAACCAAUUGCAAUGAUGAUGAGACCUUCUAACCCAAUGCAAGGCCAGGAAAGCAAACCUCGUUUGUAUGCACUAAUUGGACACUUUACACCACCAGCAUUUGUAUGCGCAGGCAUCAGGAAAAGGGACAAUGGCUCUUGACUCCCACCUACUCUGGAAUCAGCAAACCUAUAGAUAUUUUGAUCCUCUGCUAACAAAAUACUCUAUUAUCCCCCAUAAUAAACUAAAGUGAAAUAUACAUAAUUUAAUAGAUGACUUUUUGCCAUUUAUUUCCCAACUUUUGGUUUUGUCCCAUCUUUAAAAAGAAACGUCCCCUACACUGUUACAUUAUCCUAUGGGGAAAAAGGUAUAGGAG